AUGGAUAAAUUCAAGGGGAAAAGAAUACUUGUAACUGGUGGUUGCCAAGGUAUAGGUAAAGGCAUAGUAACGGAAUUAUGGAGACAAGGUGCAAGUGUAGUUGCUCUUUCGAAUCAGCCUGAAAAUCUACAAAAACUUAAGAAUGAGUAUCCAUCUGUGGAAAUUGUUAAUGUAGAUCUUCGAGAUUGGGAUCAAACACGACAAGUUGUAGAAUCUUUAGGAGUCUUCCAUGGAGUGGUUAAUAAUGCUGGAGUGGCUAUUAUAGAACCAUUUUUAGAAAGUAAACCUGGCAGCUUUGACUUGACUAUGGAUUUUGUUAAAGCAAUGCUUAAUGUUAGUCAAAUUAUAGCCAAAAAGAUGAUUGACAACAAAAUAAAGGGAUCAAUCGUAAACAUAUCCUCACAAGCGUCUAUGGCUGCACUAAAAGACCACGUCGUUUAUUGUGGAUCGAAAGGUGCCAUAGAUGCAAUGACGCGCGUUAUGGCUUUAGAACUCGGUCCACACGGUAUUCGAGUGAAUACGGUAAACCCGACAGCCGUCAUGACUGAUUUAGGUCGCCAAGUGUGGGCUGACCCUGCCAAAUCGUCACUAAUGCUGUCGAAAAUACCACUGGGCAGAUUUGGGGAAGUUCAUGAAGUAGUGCAUGGCGUACUCUUUCUCUUAAGUGAUGGCGCCAGUAUGAUCUCCGGGGCACAGUUGCCGAUCGAUGGAGGUUUUCUCGCUACCUAAAUCUGGAUAUUCAUUGAAAAACUAAUAAACACCUAAUCUUUUAUUUUACUCAGUUUAUUGUGCCAAAGGAAUUAAUACAUACUGGACAUAGGAAACAAUGCAAGCAUAACAAUUUAUAUAUAAUGCGUAUUAUGCUAAAGUAGGCUAGCAUAAACGUAUGU